AUGCCGAUGAUAAACGGCAUCAAGAUGGCUUGUAUCUGCCCGCACCCGCCCAACAAUGGCUGCUCAUGCGCUACCGUCACGGCCGCCCUCCCGCGCUCGCGCAAAUGCGGUUGUGGGUCCAAGUCAGCCUCCGGCGCUGCUGGCGUUAACGGCGCCAGCGGCAACGGCAGUGCCUCCAUCUCCAAGACGCCGCGCUCGCCUUCAAAACGAGCCUUCUUCAAACCACCGAUGUCGCCCAAGUCCAUGGCACGGCGCAUCGACCCCAGUGCACUCGGCCGCACUGAUGUUAAUCUGAUGAAUAUUCACGCCCCACCACCCGGUACCGCCGGCUGGCCGUCUAACGGACACCCGCCACAGAAUAUCGACAACCUCUCCUCCCUCACUGGCUCGGGCCACACGAACGGCGGCCAAUUUAUGCUUCCGAACGAGUCCGUGGCCUUUUUUGGCGGCCAGGGCGAGCAGACAGCCAUGUUUACGAAUCCCGGCGCCGGUGCAUAUGCCCAGUCCGGCUACCCGUUGCAGGACCCCGGACCAGGCGAGCACGGCAUGUACGCCAACGGCGGGCGCGGCGACUUUAAUGGCUUUUUCGACGACGGCAUGGGAAUGUCGACGACGUUGGGUGAGGGUUUGGACGGGUUUGGCCUCAACCUCAGAGACCUACGACCAGGCCAGGUAAACGGUUUCCACGGUCUGCAGUAUCAGGCAUCACACACGCCAGCAGCAGUAUCAGCACCAGCGCCAGCGCCAGCACCCGUAUCAGUAUCGGCAGCGCCUGCUGCUGCCACGGCAAAAGGCUCAUGCUGUGCACCGGCGACACAGCCGCAGCACUUGGUGACCGAGUCGGCGCGGCACACACCUACGUCAAGCACAACCUCGUUGGCAAGUACCGGUGGCAGUGGUACGACAGCCAGCUCCCACUCGAAUGCCAAGAGCUGUUGCUCGGGGUCGCCAGUGACGGCAUCGUCCUCUUCGUCGCAGCAGCACACGAUGCUCAAGUCAGAAAGCAGGAUAGGCGGCGGACCAGGAUCCGUAUCGCUGUCGUCGAUUCCUCUAGCCAAGUCUUCUCGUAAUGGUUCGAGUACAGGCGACGUCAAGCCGCCCAUGGCCAAUGCCAGCAAUGGCCACGUCGACCAGUACGCUAGCCUGCAACAGCAGCACGGAGUACCACUGACCCACUACGCUGGGUACGCACAUCAGCAGCCGCCGCAGCAACAACAACAACGACAGCAGCAGCAGCAGCAGCAGCAUCAGUCCCACGGUUCGCCAGCAUGGUACCGCUAUCCACCAGAGUAUGGCACAGUGUCGGCGCCUCUGCAGUCAUCGCAGUGGCGCGCGAGCCUAAUCACGACCGGACCCGAUGCACAUCUAUACAUGCAGGGACAACACCAACGGUAUGACGCAGCGACAAUACAACACCAACAACAGCAGCAGCAUGAACAGCAUCACCAGCAGCAGCAACAACAGUUUGCGGUACACAAUGGUGGUCUGUUGGACGGUGGUGGCGACUUGCACAUGUGUUCGUGCGGUGACGGCUGCGAAUGCAUAGGCUGCGUUGCGCACCCGUUCAACAAUGCGACACAAGAUACGAUCCGCUCGGUGUGGAGCUACAUGGGCGACUCGCCGAGCAACUCGAGUGCACGGACGAUGACUUCGACCUCGACGGCGACGGCGACGGCGACGUCGACGGUGACGACGACACUGCCGCCUCAAGCCAACGCGGAUUCUACAUCACCCUCGCAACAAGCCUUUACGCCCUCGGCGUCUGACACGUCGGGUGUCAGCGAAGACCAGCAGUCAUCGCUGCCUGCCGGCGAUUUCUUGUUUGUCAGCUACUCCGUGAUGGAUUGCGAUGGCGAGGGGUUGACAUGCCCCUGCGGCGACGACUGUCAGUGUGUCGGAUGCACAAUUCAUAACAACGCUUUGUAG